AUGGCAACCGAGGGCGCCAGGAAGGAUAACAUAAAUACAAGGCGGCGGCGGGACGGGGCAGUCUGCGGCGGAGAGGCUAGGGUGUGCGUGGCGGCUGGUCUCUACACAAUGCGUUUCUUUGUGGUACUGGCGGUUACGGUGGCUGUGGCGGCAUAUGGUCCACCUCGUCCUUCCACUGGCGGGAGCAGCGGCUGUGGCAGCGGCUGUGGCUCCGUUGGCGGUGGUAGUCAGGUAGUUACCACCCAUGUAUCUCCGUGCCCCGGUGGAAAUUGUGGAGGAUCCUCCGGGUCUGGCGGGUCUGGCGGAUCAGCGCCGUCCGGGAAUGGGGAUUACUGGUGGGCAGGAAAGGACAAUCCCUUUGCCAAUCCUGCACCCGCUUCACACGUCAGCACUGGAUGCAGCGGCUCCAGCUGUGGCUCAGGGUGCACAGGGAGUGGCUGCCCCUCGCAGGCUCGCCCCUCGCCAGCAGGUCCCUCUCCUGCCCUUAUUCCAGGCCCCGCUCCAGGCUCCAUCCAAAACCUGCUGAUGCCACCCAUGGGGAUUUGCUCUGCCAGCUACGUCUGCGUCAAUUGGCAACUGUGUCGUGACGGGUACGUCAUUGAUGAUGGCACGGGAGUCAUCGACAAGCAGCAGAAGGUUAUCCCGCCCAGAGUGGCCUCCACUUACACCAGCUGCGGUGGGGACAUGAUCUGUUGCGGCGUGCCCCAGCACGGCACCGGCACCCCUGUCCAACCAGCCACACCUGGAACAUCCCAUUCCCCAAGUCGCGGCACACCCGCACGCCCACACACACCUAGUAGUCAGUCUACAUUCUCUGUUCCUGCCUCACCAUCACGCCCACACAGUCCGUCAACAUCCUCUGGCCCAGGAACCCCAGGGCGCCCACACACCUCCGGUAGCCAGUCAACGUUUACUCUUCCUGCCUCACCUUCACACUCGCACACCCCUGUCAGCCCAUCCUCUGGCCCAGGAACCUCAGGGCGCCCACACACCUCCGGUAGCCAGUCGACGUUUACUCUUCCUGCCUCACCCUCACACUCGCACACCCCUGUCAGCCCAUCCUCUGGCCCAGGAACCCCAGGGCGCCCACACACUUCCGGUAGCCAGUCGACGUUUACUCUUUGCCACCCCUGCACACCCUCACAAGCCCAUCAGCCAACCGAAGCCCUCUGUGCCUGGGACGGCAAUCAGUCCACCAAAUUCUCUGGCCCUGGAACACCCGCACACUCAGGGUCUGGACUUCUUCCACGCCCACAAACACCAGCUAGCUUGGGAUCUGUGAGCCCACAACAGCCCUCACCGCAACCGUCAGUUCCAGCCACAAGUUACGGCUUCCCGAGUCCUGGCGUACAGCAGCCAGCCGGCCCUAGUCCUCAGUCCUCUACCGUGAACCAGGUUGGCCCUGUGCUGCCCAACCAGCCCUUGCGCCCCGUCAGUAACCCUGUAGGUCUGGCCAGUCCCCCACAAGGCCAGGCAGGCGGCAUGGGCAUGAUGGGUAUGAUGGGAAUGAUGCCCCGAUCUGGGUCGUGUAGUGCUGGCACUUACUGUGUCCCGCAGGAACAGUGCAAUCCCUACACAGGCUUCAUCAUUCGCGGCAACACGGCGCUGAUGGCGGUGUGGCCUGAAUCCCCGACCGUGCCUUUCCUGUCUUGCUUCGUUCCUGACGGCUCCAUCACUGACGGCGUGUGCUGCCAGGAGGCUCACCCCAACGCUGGAGGAGUGGACUAAGCAUUGCCACCACCAACGAUACCUGCAACACCGAAAAAUGCCAAGCAUGUCCUCGCGUGCGUCAUUGUUCACUUCCACCACCACAGAACCGCUGCCACUUUACACCAUCCCACAUCAUGUACCAGCUACACACCACACGACGCCACGUUAUGUUACUUACCACUACACCACACAACACCACACCAUUUGGCUGUAUGUUGCACCACCACCACAUCAUGAACACCACAACACACCAUGCACAUCAUUACAUUCUGACAUCAACCCACAACAGCACGUUGGCACUCACCAAACGAUCACACUAACAUUCCUCUAGCGCACCACAACAGACCACGUCACACCACACCCUUUGCAUCACCACACUACACUACUAUAUACUAUAUUGCACAAUAUGACUAUGCUUGUACCAGCAACACCACCACCACCAUACCAUACCACGAAACAAUGAAGCCCCUCACUGCAUCAUUACACUUUAUCACUACACUAAACCACUUAAUUGCACACUUGCACCACCACUGUAUCACAAACAUCACAACACCACUAUACUUUAACACCAUAUCACUACUACACAUUGACACCCUCAACAUCACAUCACCAUCACUGCACUGUUCAGACCUUCGAACACAUCAUAGCACUGCAAUACCUAAAUUUCAUCUCACUACACCAAACCACACCCAACGUCACAGCACCAUUCACACCACCAUAUACUGUAAAACACCACACUAACCAACACAUCAUAUGAGUGUCGGUACAAUCUGCACCAUUAACUACUUCACAAACAUAAAGUUCAGAGAAAGAUAACACACACACACACACACAGAGGGCACCUUAGAUGUGCUAAAGGCAGAGAAGAAGGUUUUCCAGCUUCUUUAUGCUUUGUCCAGCCUCAUUCAGCAACCCGAUGGGAUUCUCAUGGAUUUGUGUGACUUUGACAAAUAAUAAAAACAACAUCGAGUCUUAAAUACUAAGCCACAGUUCACACAUCUAACUAAGAUGAUUCCCCAGGUCCUUCUUCAUCCACAUGCAUUUUCCUCCCCUAUCCCAUUGCCUCUGUAGCUCGACGUAAUAAAACAAAUAUGAGCUCGUAA